UUCUUUCUAGAUUCAGAUCAUCCCUUCCUUCAACCUUCUUCUUCCUCUGGAAUCCACGUCCAAAUCUCCAUUACUCCAUCUCCCUUUCCUCUUCUCCCCUUUAAUCCCCAACCUCUGUUCUUCUUCUUCUUCUUCCCGGAUCGCACAGGUCCCUCUUCUCAUCUCUGUUUCCCCACACCCCCUGAUUCCUCCGUACCGCACUUGCAACUUCUGUUUGUUUUUGUUCUCAUUUGCUUCUGGGGUUCCUCUGGGGUUUAAUAAUGCAGGUUAAUAUGGAGAUAUGUACGUAAAUUCGUUCCUGUUUUGGCGGGGCUUUUGUGGGGGUGUGUGUGGUUGACAUGCAGUGUGGUUUGGGGAGGGCGUAGUAGGGAUUGAGUGAGUGAGUAAGGAAGAUGGCGAAUCAGGUGGUGAAAGUGAGGAGGGAGACGAUUUUGGCAUUCAUGACUUGUCCUCUUUGCAAUAAGCUCUUGAGGGAUGCCACCACCAUAUCUGAAUGUCUCCAUACGUUUUGCAGGAAAUGCAUAUACAAUAAAAUACAAGAGGAGGAGCUGGAAUGCUGUCCAAUAUGCAAUAUCGAUCUGGGUUGUGUUCCACUGGAAAAACUGAGGCCUGACCACAAUUUGCAAGAUGUAAGGGCCAAAAUCUUCCCUCUUAAAAGAAGAAAGGUGAAGGCACCUGAAGUUGUGCCCCCUGUUACAUUACCAGCAAGAAGAAAAGAGAGAUCCCUCUCACAGUUGGUUGUUAAUGCCCCCAAAGUAUCAACACAGGCUAUGACUGGAAGAAGAACAAAAGCAGUUACGAGAAAGGCUGCUGUUUUGCGAGGUUCUAGUUUUUCUAUGGAGAAAACUGUUAAAAAGGAGGAAGAUUCUACUGAUGAUCAUCAAGAGAGUGCAAGCUCACCUGAAACUCUGAAUAAGUUCACUCAGAAUAAGAGACAGAGCUCUUCAUCUGCUGAGCCUAGCCAGCUGACAAAAAAUAAAGAAUCAGAGACUGGUGGUGAAUCAUGGGAUGGAAAGUUGGAUCUCUGGAAACCUUUAAAUUGUUUGGUGGAAGUUGCAAAUAGGACUAAGUCCUUCAAGUCUAAUUCACAAGGCUCUGAUUCUAAGCUAGAACCUGCAUCUAUCCCUAAUAAUGAUGCUCAACUGGGUAAAACAAAACUCAAGGAAGAGAAAAGCAAAUUGAAAGUUGAGGAUGAAAAGAAUAAUGCUGAUCCUACCCCUUCAGAAACUGUAACUCCUAAAAAGUUACGGAGGAUCCGCCGAAAGAGAGCAACUGCCUUUGGGACCUCUGGCAUUUCACCACAAGCUGUGCUGGAUGCUACUAGGGCCAAGCGUGAAAGAAGAAUUGGUCCAGUUUGGUUCUCCCUUGUAGCUUCUGAAGACCAGGAAGGAGAUGCGCCACUACCUCAAAUUGCUGCUAAUUACUUGAGAAUAAAGGAUGGAAAUAUACCUGUUUCAUUCAUCCAAAAGUACCUUAUGAAGAAACUAGAUCUCACUAACGAGGCUGAGGUUGAGAUCAAAUGUAUGGGACGACCUGUAGUCCCCACAGUACAAUUAUAUAAUUUAGUUGAUUCAUGGCUACAAACCACGUCUACAUCACAGCGAGUUCCAGCCUCUGUUGGUUCCUCAGCAAAGGAGUUCGUGAUGGUGCUGGCAUAUGCCCGCAAAACAGCAGAUCAAUAAUAAUGCUACCCUUCAUUCUUUUCCCCCUACAUCCAUCUUGGAUAUCCCUAAUGAUAAGAGUAGGACAUUUUACACCGGCAUGUAUUUCAUGAGCAUGUUGAGAUGGCUUCUUCAAGAACAUCUCCGUUCUCUUACUAGCAGCAGUUUAUACGGCAGUGGUGCGGCAAGAUCAGUGUUGGCUUGUUCCUCUGAACAACACUGUUACUGCUACCGACUGUAUUUUUAAAUUUCCCAUUAGGAUUUGGGAAAGUGCUAUACAAGAAUUUUUAAUUUUUUUUCCCCUUUUAUAAAUACUGGUACAAUUGUUUAGAAUGCAAAAUAUUUUCACUUCUAAGUGGAACAGAAUCGUUUCUUUUUCAAUUUUUAACUGCAUCAAGCUGCGGAUUUGAAUUCAAAGAGAA